AUGAACACAUCUCGUGUUUUGCUUAAAACAUCCUGGGAAGAAGUCUUUGGAAAUGAAACAUAUAAUAUAUAUAACAAUCAAACACUUAUCAAAGGACAAGGAUACUACGUUACAGACACUCGAUUUAGUAACAUGACAAAUAAUGCCAUAAGUAUAAUAUGCGAUGCAAACAAUAGUUAUGGAUGCAAAUUUUUGAUUGAAAAUUCUGUAUUCAGCGAAAUAUCAUGUGAAAAUUAUUCACCACUAACUAUAUAUUUUCUUGGUGAUGUUGUACAAAAGAAUAUUGCUGCAUUCAACACGACGAAUAAAGUUACUGGAGAAAGCACUGGUGAAUAUUCUGGCCAAUUUGAAAGAAUUGAUUGUGAAUAUGUCAAUGUAAAAAGAAAUGAAAUUAAUGAAUCAUGCAUCUCAGGAUGUGGCAAAUAUACUGAUAACAAUCCAGGAACUCAAAUUUCAUUGAAUUGA